AUAUAUAUAUAUAGCUAAGUCAUAUUAAAUUAAAUUUUCAGCCAAAGUGUGUAAUUUUCUAUUUCUCAAUUUGCUAUUCUAGAAGAGCCUGAUUUUUAUUGCUGGGGAUGUUUUAACCUUCUCAGAAAUCUGUGACAAUUUCCUCCAAGUUACAUUGAUUUCUGUGAUUUAGUUGUUUAUAUAGAAAAUCUGAAUCCUGGUUUCUGACAGCUCUCCAAUUUUUAGAAUAAAUACAGGAAGUUGAGUUUCUUUUUUUUUUUUUUUUUUUUUUUUUGUCUUUUAGGACAGAUUACAUGCAACAUGUUUUUCCAUUAAAUGCUUCAGUUGAGAGUGCACAUCAUUAUUCUGUUUUUGGUCAAAGUUUGUUAGAAUUUAGAAAUCAUUGGAUUAGAUUUCAAUUAUUGGAAGGAUGGGGCAGAUUUAUUUAUGACCAUCAUGUAGUUGAAGCCCAAUUAAUUAAAAGAAAAGGAAGUAGAUGAAUUGAGUGGGUUGCUAUUUAUCAAUUGAUGGAUGCACUUGUUCUUUCUCUUGUAGAAUUGGGAAAAAUGCCAGAGGUCUGGUUGGGAUCACAUACUGUGAGAUCUCAUGGAGUGAAAGUGGCAAGAAUACAUUUGCAAGACUGGAUAAUUCUGCUACUUCUUAUAGUCAUUGAUGUCAUUUUGAACAUUAUAGAACCUUUUCAUCGGUUUGUUGGGCAAGGAAUGAUGACAGAUUUAACAUACCCAUUAAAACCCAACACUGUUCCUGUCUGGACUGUCCCAAUUCUUGCAGGAAUUCUGCCAUUGGCUAGCUUUUUUGUGUACUAUUGUUAUAGAAAGGAUAUUUAUGACUUCCAUCAUGCUAUGCUAGGACUACUGUUUUCUCUUCUUAUCACUGGAGUUAUCACUGAUGCUAUAAAAGAUGCUGUUGGUCGUCCAAGACCUAAUUUCUUUUGGCGGUGUUUUCCUGAUGGAAAUGAGCAGGCAUUUGAUCCUGUUUCCAAGAAUGUUAUUUGUCAUGGAGAUGCCGCAGUUGUAAAGGAAGGUUACAAAAGUUUUCCAAGUGGGCAUACUUCAUGGUCUUUUGCAGGUCUCACUUACCUUGCUUGGUAUAUAUCAGGAAAACUGAAAGUGUUCGAUCGCAGGGGGCACAUAGCUAAACUCUGUGUUGUACUUCUUCCAGUACUAAUCGCUACUCUUGUGGGUAUUUCUCGAGUGGACGACUAUUGGCAUCACUGGACUGAUGUUUUUGCUGGAGCUCUUAUAGGAACAACUGUAGCUGCAUGUUGUUACUUGCAGUCUUUCCCUUAUCCAAAUGAUGCAGAAGGUUGGGCACCGCAUGCCUUUUUCGAAAUGAUAGCAGAGAGAAAGAGUCAGGCUGCAGGACGAAGGGCUAAUUCUAUCCGAAAGCGAGGGAGUACAGAUGUAGAAGCUGCAUUCAUGCCGUUUGAUUCUGAGAUGGAAACUCCUGCAUCACGAUCCUCACAAGGUACAAGCUUAGACUAGGAUGCAAUGGAAAAGAAAGAGAAAACAGUGAAGUUAAUAGAAACUAGAAGUUUAUAUGUUCAUAUAUCAAUUCUUUUAUUUGUUACAGACGAUUAUACUCUAGCCUGUCCAUCUUCCUUGUACCUUAACUAUUCUGAUUGAUUUGUUAGCUGCAGUUUAUACAUUAAUCAUUAAUGUAACAGUAAUAGUGGUUUGUCUUUAACAUUUUAUGUAAUAACUAAGGAUUUAGUAUUAUUACUUGCA